AUGUCGCUUUCGAUAUCGAUAUCCAACGAUGACGGGAAGCCCUUCCUGCCAGGUUCGCCCGUGUUGGGAGUCGUCAAGCUUAUUACCUAUGAUGACCAACCGAUUGGCGAGCUGUCCAUCACUUUCCGCGGUCGUGCUUCUGUCCUCUUGAUUCAUUCGUAUGGCGACAUGACGACUUCAAGGAAGGACUAUCAGUCGGUCGGCUACCUCUUCUCCCAGCAUCUCAACCUUUACCAGGGAAAAUAUACGCAUCGGAAAGGCAGUUACAUGUGGCCAUUCGCUUUCUGCAUCCCUAUUUCCGCCGCGCCACGGGCAGUCGCCCCUAAUUCAACAGAUUUCUUCCAUCCAGAACAUCCGUGGAAGAAUGAUCGUCCACUGGGAUUUCAUCCACUGCCUCCAAGUAUGAGUCACGGGGGUCGUUUCCACUGUUCCAUCAACUAUACGCUCGAGGCAACUCUAUCUCAGCCGGCUCGGACACCCAUCUCCUUGAACAAGACGUUGACCGCUAGUAAAGAAGUGCAAGUCCAGCCACUAUCCAACCAGACAGAGUUGGACAUCAGCGACGAUUGGCCUUAUACCAACUAUCGACACAAGCUACAGUGCAACAUUAAGAAUGUGUCGGGAGCCUGUUCGCGGGGGAUGUUGUCGAGUCUGGGACGUUGUAUACGGGGUGUGAAGGCGGAAGAUCGCAAAAAACUGGAGAUAUACAUCUCUGUCCGAGUCCCAAAAAGGAUCCUCCUCACAGAGCAGCCUCUCUCCCUCAUUGUAUCAGCAUCUGCCCACUCGAUCGCAAAAGGUUCUCAGCCUGAGAGCAUCCCACUUGGCAAUCAUCUCACGAUCAAAAGAUUUAAGUUGUCAUUAUGGCAACACACGCAUGUCCGUGCGGGUCGUCAUCAUUCCUCCUCGACUAGACGUGUCUUUGUUCGGAAAUCGUCUUCUCCCUUGGCCGUUUCCGAAACUCCAUCUCUGGGUUCCUGGCAAGCAGGAUGUUCGAAUGCACAGCCUUCCAGGGUCACUGCAACGAACCUGGCAGAUGUCGCGGAUCUAUCGGUACCCGCUACAAUCCUCGUGCCGGACUUUUCAACCUACAACAUUGCUAGAUCUCACUCUCUGGAGAUAUCGUUCAAAAUGCAGUAUCUAAACAAGAAAUUCAGCUUCUGUCUGGGGAACAUACCGAUCAGACUACUUCCGAAAAGACACGUCUCAGCAGGUCAAACGGAAAUGCGUCCGGGGGAGCCGUCAGUCAACGAGAGCGAACUUCAGGAGGGUUGGAUGGUGUUUUCCCCGGGAGGCAAUCUGAGCCCUGACGACGACGUGGCCAAUAUCUUGUUGGAGGAACCGCCUCCACAAUACAGGGCCUGA